AUGACUCAGCAAUUGCCAAUGCCCGCUGCCGCCGCAAGUUCCGUUUCUCUUGAUGAUUACGCCGCUUCUCCAAGCACUGCCGGUAGAGGUAGCAGCGACCCCGGCGACAAUCACCCACCCCGACGCCAGCUCCCAGAUGACGAGCCAGGGCCCUCUUCCUCUAAGCGCGUCAAGACGGGCGACGUCAAGCCAUUGUGCUGCUGCCGCUGCCUUCGCCGCCUCUGCACCGACGGCAAUGAGGCUGGCGACGAGAUUAGCUGCCGAUAUCUUGUUGUGGACGGUGAACGCUCAAAACAUUGUGAACACUGCUGGGAGGCGAAGCGCGCGGGAAGACACGGCUGUGUGCCAAUGCCCACCGCGUUAGUUCCGCGGGCCAAUCGCCUCUGGGAGGCCAACCUCGCCUGUGCGCUUGGGAAGGUUGGCGCUCCCUCCGUCGAAAAUAUCCAGGAGAGCGCAGAUGCCCUCUCAAAUGACAUGCGUCUCGCCGGCGUGGACGCCGCGCGUAGGACCGCUGGCCGUCGAGCUCGUGCGCCCGGCGCGCGCUCCGGGCGCGGUGCCGGCGACAUAGAGCCGCUGCUGGCCAGCAUCUUGGAUGCCAUCCGAGCCGCAGUCGACUCCUACCGGGAGGUGAACAGGUUGGCGGGUCGACACUGGCCCGAGGAGGACUCGGACCCCGAGUCCGAGCAGGACUGA